UUUGAGAAUGAGAAUAGAGAUGUCCUCCUUUUUAUUAUCUACUUGCUUUGCCUUAUCAGUGCUAGGCUUAGCAUAUUCUGGCUUUAGUUUUUCAGUUGCCGAUAGCCGGAAAAUUUUGCACGGAGACCCUUCUGAAUCCUUUUGUCCUCUGAACUUCCGUUCUCUUGGGGAACUGUUGACUGAAGGUGCUCCUGUGCCUGUAUUUCUUGACAUGCCAAGACAGUGCCAAUACCUUCAUGAGGGGAUCCGUCUAGUUCGGUCUGAGUAUCUUCGAACAGACGGGCAUUUUCUUCCUCCUUCCACCGCUUCCAAGGCAUGUUGGGAAUCAUACCGGAGCUUAGUUGGUCGGCAUUUUCGUGGUUUUGAUAUCCAAACUACUUGUGGGUAUCAUCCAGAAUGGAUUUCUAUGGGGUGUAAGAAUAUUACAUCUCAGGCGGAGUUUGAGAGCCUAAUUCCUGAAUCCAAAAUGCAGGAAAUUAAGCGUUACUGUAACCAGUCUCUUGACAAUAGCUCUGCUUGUGAGAUGUGUAGAAAAAGUUUGUCGGGUGUUGCUGAAUCAUACUUGCGUGGUCCUGAUAUUGGAAAUGUCUCAGAUUGUACGGGAUAUCCUUUUAUGUAUGGAGCUGCUCUGGUUAAUGGGUUUGGAAAUACAGCAACUGCAAAGUGUUUGUUCUCGCUUGAAUUUUCAUUGCGGGCUUCUAACACUGAGCGGCGUAUGAUUGUGCUUUCUGGUGCUUUGACAGGUUGUCUUGUUGGGUUCUCUGGGGCCUGUUUUGCAGUUUUGUUUCUUCGGAUGAAACGAAAACACUGUAAGGGAGAGAAGACGAAGGCGAGUUUUGCUAAGGAUCAGACCGGUUUGAUUCUUACCCACUUGGUGAAAUUCCAAUAUGAAGACAUUAAGAAGGCUACCAUGAACUUUUCUAGGGAGAAUCUUAUUGGGAAGGGAGGAUAUGGGAAUGUUUAUAAGGGUAUAUUGCCGGAUGGAUCCCACUCCCAAGUUGCUUUCAAAAGAUUCAAGAACUGCUCUGCCUCUGCUGCAGGGGAUGCAACUUUUUCACAUGAGGUAGAGGUUAUUGCAAGCGUUAGGCAUGUUAAUCUUGUUGCUUUAAAAGGCUACUGUACCACAACGGUUCCUCGGGAGGGUAACCAGAGAAUAAUUGUAUGCGAUUUCAUCCCUAACGGAAGCCUCUAUGACCAUCUUUUUGGAUCAGAAACGAAGAAGCUUAGCUGGCCAGUUCGUCAGAAGAUCGCCCUUGGAACAGCCCGCGGAUUGGCUUAUUUACAUUAUGGAGCACAGCCGGCUAUCAUCCACAGGGAUGUCAAGGCCAGCAACAUACUUUUGGACGAGACGUUUGAGCCAAAGUUGGCAGAUUUUGGGCUUGCAAGGUUUAAUUAUGCAGAGGGAAUGACACAUUUGAGCACCAGGGUGGCUGGGACUCUUGGCUAUGUUGCGCCAGAGUAUGCUCUGUAUGGGAUUUUAACAGAGAGGAGUGAUGUUUACAGCUUUGGGGUUGUGCUGCUUGAGCUUCUGAGUGGGAAAAAAGCAAUUGAAACAGAAGAGGGAAAGGCUUCCCGUUUGACAGAUUGGGCUUGGUCUCUGAUGCAGAAAGGGAGAGCAUUGGAUGUCAUUGAAGAAGGGAUGCCUGAGUUGGGGUCAAACCAAGUUAUGGAACAUUAUAUUUUUGUUGCAGUUCUUUGUUCUCAUCCAAUACUACAUGCUAGGCCGACAAUGGACCAGGUUGUGAAGAUGUUGGAGAUCCACUCCUACAUUAAUUGGAGCAAUGGAGUGUAGGUAGUAUGGGAUAAGGUCACUGUCAAUCUUGGCCGACUAAAUGGUCGGACAAGCCAAAAUUUAUUUGAACAGGUGCGUUCGAGCUCUCUCACAAUGUGAAAUUGCUGAAAACUCUAAUCCGAGCAUCAAUUAAUGCUUGGGUUUUUUGUG